AUGGCGAUGUGGUAUGCGCUGGGUAUCGCUUUCUUUGCUGCCAUCGGCACGUUCUUGUUCGGCUUUGACACUGGCAUUGCUACAACGACCAUUGCCCACCAAAGCUGGAUUGAUUAUAUGAAACAUCCAUCAAAUGGCCUCACAGGAGCUGUUGUGGCCGUGUAUAUCGCCGGCGAGGCCGUCGGGGCCCUAACGCAGACAUUCAUCGGUGACCGACUCGGCCGCAUCCGCUUCAUGGAAAUGAUGUGUGUAAUCGUGACCAUCGGCACCGUCAUCCAAACCGCCUCCGUCAACAUUGGCAUGUUCCUCGCUGGCCGUGUGCUGGCCGGUUUCGCCGUUGGCGGCAUGGUCGCCACCGUCCCGAUCUAUCUGAGCGAAAUCUCCGAUCCCAAAUACCGUGGUUUGAUCGGUGGAAUCUCCGGCUGCGGCAUCUCGUUCGGAACAAUGAUGUCGAAUUGGGUGGGUUAUGCUUGCAGUUAUGCACCCUAUGGCCCCAUCCAGUGGCGUCUGCCUCUGGGUAUCCAGAUUCCUUGGGGGAUCAUCAUGUUCAUCGGUCUUGCGACGUUUAUGCCGAACUCGCCUCGCCAGUUAAUUCGCAGUGGGAAGAUUGAGCUUGCGCGGAGUGAGUUUGCGCGCAUUCGGCGGGGGCUGGCUCUCCAUGAGAUGGAGGAGGAAUUUGGUCUUAUGAAGGCGCAGAUUGAGUACGAGAUGGAGCGGGAGAUUACUUCGUACCGGGAGGUAUUUAUGCUAUUUAGACACCGGGUGCUGGUAUCGAUUGCGGUGCAGACGAUGACAAGUUUGACGGGAGUGAAUGUUAUUCAAUACUAUCAGACCAUUCUGUACAAGAGUCUUGGAAUCGGCUCACACUCAAUCCUCGCUCUGGCUGCGGUCUAUGGCACGUUUGCGUUUUUGUCGAACUCCCUAACGACAAAAUAUCUCACUGACCAAUGGGGUCGUCGAAAAAUGAUCAUCACCGGAUUAGCCGGAGUCGUUUUGAUCGAAAUCUACGCCGCGGUGAUGCAAAGAGUGUUCCAAAACACGGAUAACCGCAUUGGGAAAGGCUUCGCGAUACUCGGGAUCUAUCUGUUUGUGGUUUGCUAUUAUGGCAUGCUCAAUAGUACGACAUGGCUGUAUGGCGCCGAGGUGCUCCCUAUUGCUCUUCGCAACAAGGUGAUGGGCAUUGCGGCGGCAUCUCAUUUCAUCGUGAACGUUGCCAUCACCGAAGCCGGGCCCAGUGCUUUUGCCAAUAUUCACGAGAACUACUACUAUGUCUUUGUAGGAUGCUCCGCGUUCUUCCUGGUGAUCGCUUACUUUUACUUCCCGGAAACCAAGCAAAAGACUCUGGAAGAGGUGGCCGCGGCGUUCGGCGAUCGGGUUGUGGACCAGGACGAAGGCACUAAACGCGCGACCAGCGUGAUUGGCGACACACAGCACGUUGAAUCGGCGGGUGCAACGGGCAAGGGAGUCUAA